GUUAUAACAUUACAACAGUUACAAAGCUUUUUGCCCGGCGGCUUAAAUCAAUUAGAGGCAUCCCAAGUCCAAGCUCAAGCACAAACUACACCAGUGAAAUCAUUUAUGACACCUCAGGGGCAACAAGUACUGCAGGUCCAAUCGAUGUCACCACAAUUCAUGCAGGGUGGCCAAAUAUUAUCUUCAGGAGCUCCUAAUCUAGCUUAUAGUGUAAUGCAGCCGAUACAAACUGUCACAGUAGACGGCCAAGAAGCAAUUUAUAUUCCCGUCUCAAUGGCCAAUGCAGCUCAGACGAUACAAAUAGGCGGUCAGCAAGCAUUAUUGACACCGGCGGGCCAAAUAAUAAGAACACCGCAAGGCACUGUGCUACCUGCGAAUUUGCUACAAGGAAUGACUGCCCAGACCGUUCAAUUACCGAAUGCUGCUUCUAACCCUGCAAUCAUAACAAUACCCGGCACCAACAUUCAGAUUCCGCUAAGCGGGUCUCAAGGAAUAGCUUUCCCAGGAGGUAAUAUUACGAUACCAGGUUUGAACACAUCAACUAACUCCGGACAACAGCAGCAACAGAAUAAUACUUCAGGAGGAGGAACUACAAUAACUAUACCUGGGACAAACAUUCAAAUCCAGAGUCCUGUACAACAAAAUUCGCAACAGAGUAACAAUAGUAGUACUGCCAAUAAAGACACUGCCAAAUUAGAAAGCUCAGGCCAAAAUGUUUCGGUGCGAUCUCCUAUGCCUCAAGUAGUGCAGUUCGCUAAUGCGAUGGCUGCCCAAACAAUACCGGUACAAGUUCCCGUAAGCACGCCCAACGGGCAAACAGUUUUGCAGACCGUCCAUUUCCCAUUGCAAGCGUUUGCUGGAAUUCCUGGUCUAGUGCAACCGCAGAUGCAAAUAAUACCGCAGUUAGCAGCACAGUCACAAGUGGCAAAUGUCAUUAAUUCAAAUGGACAAAUACAACAAAUACAACUAACGUCUUUGGCUGGCUUGCAAGCUGCACAAGUUCAAGCACAGGCUCAAGCUCAAGCUCAGGCUCAGGCACAGGCACAGGCACAGGCCCAGGCCCAAGCACAGGCUCAAGCUCAAGCUAAUCAAUCUCAACAAAGUGUUCUGUCCCAAAUUGCCACGGCGAAUAAUAACGCGGCUAACACAUCCACAUCGUGGAAUAGCACCGCCCCGACUUCAUCAACGCAGACUGUCUCAGCUCCUAGUUCUCUGAACACUUCAAUCACUACAGAUUCACAGACAGCAAAUUUAUUACAAAACCAAAGUCAACCAAUCACUAUAACUGGGCCCAAUGGUCAGCAAUUAACUGUUGUCCCAGGAAAUGGUAUAAAUAUUGGGCAAUUGAGAUCUGGAGCAAAUAUUAUACAGGUGCCCAAUUUAUCCGCUCUGCAAUCAAUACCAGUGCAAAACAUUCCCGGAAUUGGUAAUGUACAAGUCAUACCAGCAAACGCCUUAAGUCUGGGUGCUCAAUCUCAAUUAGGUUUAGCAUCAUUACAAGGGCAACAGAACACACAUUCCAUUGCACACGAAACAAAACCGCAAAUAAUAACUGGACAACAAAUACAACAAGAUCCUAAUGACCCAACAAAAUGGCAAAUAGUCACAACGGCCAGUAAUUCACCACCUAUUUCAAACUCAGGAAAUAUGAACUCGCCAUCACAAAAUAUUGGAGCUACUGAUGACCCUGAUAAUCCCACUCCUAAACCAAGGUUACGAAGGGUUGCUUGUACCUGUCCUAAUUGCAGAGAUGGGGAACGGCAUACUGAUAGAAAACGACAACAUAUAUGCCACAUACAAGGCUGUAAUAAAAUAUAUGGCAAAACUUCACAUCUUAGGGCUCAUCUGCGCUGGCAUACAGGAGAACGACCUUUUGUUUGCUCUUGGCUUUUAUGUGGUAGAAGAUUUACAAGGUCUGAUGAACUACAAAGGCACAGAAGGACUCAUACAGGUGAAAAACGAUUCCAAUGUCCUGAAUGCAAUAAAAAGUUCAUGAGGUCUGAUCAUUUAUCAAAACACAUCAAGACUCAUCAGAAGCAAAGAAUAACUCUUGAUAUAAUGGAAGAAGCUACAGAAGUCGAAUUGAAAGGUUCCCAGUCAACAGAAUCUCAAAUAUUAUCGAAGAAAGAAAUGUGGAUGUCUGAUUAUAAUCCACAACAGCAACAUUUUACAUUUAAACAAGUAGAAAUAGUUCAGGAAGCGGCUACUUGCACACAAUCCAUUACAUCUGAAAGUGCUGAUAGUUCAGAUGAAAAGAUGGUUCUAUUACAAAAUGAGGCCGAUGAACCUGAAAUAAUAAUUGGGACACAGUAGCCCAGGGCCAUAUUAGAAAAUAAUAUUGUAGAUAGCAGUUUUGAAUUAAAUGGACCCAAUUUCAUAAUAGAAUAUGUAAAAAUCGAAGAUGAAAUAUUUGGGGUCAACUAAAUUGUAAAUAAAAAUUUUUAGAUUAUGAUGAAUUGUAUAUAAUUUUACCAUAACUAGUAUAGAAUUAAAAAUUAAUUUAUGACAUAAUUUAUAAGUUUUACUUGAAUUAUUAAAAGCAAAUAAUGAGUUUUAUAUG